GACUCUGUAUUUCGCACACUCAUCCUUCCUGUGUCGCUGACCGUGAGUUUGAGUAUUCAGGUUUGGGGCCGCGCCCCCUCAGCGCCCCGAGCUGCGGGCAGAGCAGGCAGAGUAUAAAAUGGCGCACAGCUGUCGGUGGCGCUUCCCGGCCCGACCCGGCGGGAGCAAUGGAGUAGGGGCUAGUGGCGCUGCGGGCAGUAGCCGAAGGGCGGCCCGAGUUCGGAUCUCCGCUAGUCCGCUUAGGCUUGAGCCCGGAUUCGACGCGGCGCUGCAGGUCUCGGCCGCAAUCAGCAACAACCUGCGCAGAUUUUGGGAAGCUUUUGGAGAUAGCAGCGGCUCGAGCAGCGGAGAGGAAGACUUAUUUGUAGGAUUCAGCUCGCACUCCGAAAAGAGAAGAUUACACAACUCCACGCGCCCCAAUGCAGUUUCAGGUAGAGUACGGCAAGUGCGGAAACCCAGAGGACGGCCACCAAGGGUCAUUAAAGUUGCAAGGAAUUCUGCUCUGCUGGACUCUCCUUCCAGUAAAGUGGAUGUUGCUGCUGUCAGACAUCCUCAGAGAAAGAAAGCACCUGGCCGCCCUCCUGCUUUAGGAGAGAAGAGAAGAGGAAGACCCCCUACCUCAGGUGCUUCAAAAGAUGUCCAGCAUCUUCACAGCCCUUCAGGGUCACAGGAAAAGCGGGAAACGGCUCUGCAGAGUGUUGGUGGAUCGCCCAGGAAGGAAGUACAGGAAGAUGUUAAGGAAAGAAAGCUGGCCAAGCGGGCGCUACACUGGACAGUCCAUCAGCAUGAAACUUCCAGACUUGGCCGCAUCCCCAAAAUCAAGCGGCUCCGUGCUGUCAAACUCGCGGCGCUCAAACCUCGCCUCAAAGCCAUGGGCCGAAAGGGAGUGUCCAUGCCUGCCACCCAAAAAAGACGUGGCCGCCCUCCCUCUAGUGAGCGUCUCAAAGCUGUGGUAACCGCAGCAACGUUUGGCACAGAGCAGAAGAUUUCAAGGGUCCGCCGUGAGCGUGACCAGCAUUCCAAACUGCGAUCCUCCCCUUCUCCUGCCAGCACUGGGCCAUGCUUAGUGCCUGCCUCCCCCACCAGGACUGGACGGGGCUGCUCUGUGGGUGUGCGGCAGAGCCCACGGCGUGUAAAGCCUGUCCGCAUCGUCCCGCCUACCAAAAGAACUGAUGCCACCAUCGCCAAGCAACUGCUGCAGCGCGCCAAAAAAGGAGCGCAGAAGAAAAUGAUGGAAAAGGAAGCAGCCACUGGGGUGGCAGUUGGUGUGGAGCCGGGAGCGAGGAGGAGGAGGACACAACUGAAAAGCAUCCGUCAGUUCAUUAUGCCCGUGGUCAGCACUGUGUCCUCACGCAUCAUUAAGACUCCAAAGCGCUUCAUUGAGGAUGAGGCAAGCUUUGUGUCGCCACCUCCACACGUCAAAGUGGCUCGAUUAGAGACCGUGGCAACAUCAGGUGUUCCUCCCUCCUCUUCUUCCUCCUCUUCUUCAUCUUCUGCGGCUGCAGCAAGCUCUCCUCCUGCUUCAUUGCCUCUCCCUCCCCCGCCUCCACCCACCAGUGGAGUCUUAGCUAGCAGCUGCGCCAGCAAUGGACGCUUCAGCAGCAGUGCAGCCUCCUGUGGCUCCAGCGAAAAGUCCAGUGCCGUGUCCCAGCAUUCCUCGCAGCUUUCCUCUGGAGAGUCCUCUCGUUCCAGUAGCCCUAGCCUUGACACUUCUACAGACUCCCAAGCCUCAGAGGGCACUCAGGGCUCACCUUCUUCACCAGGAGAGCGUGAUGUUGUCUCCAGACCCCUCUCUCCACCUCCUGGACUUGAGGAACGGGUUGUGCGGAGCCGUCGCUUCCAGAGUGCAAAGAAAACUGCUGCAUCUCCACCUCAGGCAGGCUCCCAACAGGCCUCUUCAACAGCCUCCUCCUCCUCUUCCCCACCACACCCGCCUUUGCUUGCCCCUUCCUUGCCUACGCAGCCUGCCACGUCUGCCUCAUCUGCGGCCACUGGCAUAGUGGAGCAUCACUCCCACCACCCUCAUUGGAUCCUUCCACAUGCUAUUUCUCCAUUUUUGCCCACAUCAGCGGUGGUCUCCCCACUUCAAGAAAAGCGCAAGUCAAUUCUUCGAGAACCCACAUUCCGUUGGAUCUCAUCAAAGCACUCCCGUUCUGAGACUCCAUACUUCUCCACCGCCAAAUAUGCCAAGGAAGGCCUUAUACGCAAGCCCAUCUUUGACAAUAUACGCCCUCCUCCUUUGACACCUGAGGAUGUCGGCCUGCUGCCUCCUCCUUCAGGCGGUGCAGCAGGUUUUGCUGCCCCUGGCGGUGCGGCAGCAGCAUCUGGCCGCCUCUUCUCUCCCCUCCACCAUCACCAUCAUCACCAUCACCAUCAUCACCACCUGCGCUUUGAGAGCCAGCAUCAUAAGCGUAGCCCUCUGCUUCGUGCACCUCGUUUCACUCCCAGUGAGGCCCACUCACGUAUCUUUGAGUCUCUCACCCUUCCCUCUCCACAGUCCUCUGCCAAAGGCAGUCCAAUAGCUUCAUCUUCCCCACUGCAGUCCUCCUCUUCUUCCUCUUCUGCCAGCAGGUCACGACGGCAAAGACGUGUUUUCAGUCCCUUGCCAGCUCAGCCCCGCUCACCCUCUCACUCCAUGCGGACACGAAGCAGCCGAUCAGGAAAUCAGAACAGCACCAAUGCCAGGGAGCUCUCGCCACUGGCUCAGCACUCCAGUUCCCUGCCCGAGGCCCCUCUUGGCUCUCUGGUCUCUAGUGCCUUAACCUCGCCUGCCUUCAGCAGCUUCUCUCCAGCUGAUGGAGUGGCAGAGCCUGGCGGCAGCCGGAAACAUGGAUCAGGAGUCAGCACCUCAUCCUCUCCUCUGUACCCAUUGUUUCCUGUGAGCAAGCGUGGCAAAGAGAGGGUGUGCAGCAAGGAGGCAGAGAGAGAAGCCCUGACCGAAGGGGACCGUGAGAGAGAGAAAGAGAACAAGCGUGAUUCUGGCAGUAGGAAAGAGCGUGAGAAAAAAGGCAGAAGUGCAGUCCUUGAUGUCCAGGGUGCUGUGGAAGGCAAAGAAAGCGAAGAAAUCACAGCUGCAGUGUCACCUACGCAGAAGAAGCUGGGCCGUAAAAAGUCUCUGUCCACAGACCCUGAAGGGAAUCUUGCAUCUGAGCCGGCAGAAGCUGCUGCUGCCAAAAGUCGACUUUCCAGAAAGAGUAGAGGGGGUCCCCUCGAAUUGGACGGUGGGAGCAAAGAGGAAAGAGGCCUCCAGCCUGUAGUUUCUGCCAGUCAGUCAAGCCCCCAGCCAGCAGCUCCAGCUGCCAAACAACCCACCGCUGCCUCCCUUGGCUCAAUGCUGGCCCAAGCAGAGAAGCAGCAAGUGGCUGACAGAAGAGUGGCAAGUUUGCUGAAGAGGGCCAAGGCACAGCUGUAUAAGAUCGAAAAGAGCAAAUCGAUGAAGUUGAAUGAGCAGCCAAAAGCACAGGGACAAGAAAGUGAUUCCUCUGAGACGUCCGUACAAGGUCCUCGUAUAAAACACGUGUGUCGUCGUGCUGCAGUGGCUCUGGGUCGCAACAGAGCUGUGUUUCCAGAUGACAUGCCCACCCUUAGUGCCUUGCCUUGGGAGGAGAGGGAGAAAAUCCUGUCUUCCAUGGGAAAUGAUGAUAAAUCUUCAGUUGCAGGAUCAGAAGAGGCAGAACCCAGCGCGCCUCCAAAUAAGCCUUUGAAACCAAUUACCCGCCACAAGACCCCUCAGGAACCCCUGGUUAAAAAAGGCCGUCGGUCCCGUCGCUGUGGGCAAUGUCCCGGCUGCCAAGUUCCCGAGGAUUGUGGGGUCUGCACCAACUGCUUGGACAAGCCAAAGUUUGGGGGGCGGAAUAUAAAGAAGCAGUGCUGCAAGAUGAGGAAGUGUCAGAACCUACAGUGGAUGCCUUCAAAAGCAUUCCUACAGAAGGAGGCCAAAGCAUCUAAGAAGGAAAAAAAGAAGUACCGGGUCCAGGAAAAAGACUCUCAACAUGUCUCAAAGAGCCAGUCCAGUGAAGCCAACCAAAAAACUGUUGUGACACCAUUGGCCACCAUUUCCAGAGAGGAGUCAACUCUUCGAAAGAUUGAAUCUCUCCCCUUAGAAGAAAUGCCCCCCCAGCAAGAGUGUUCAGGGACACCUCAAGACACAGCUCUUCCAGCUGCCACGUUUCGAAAAGAACGCAAGCAGCAGCAAACUUCAGCUCCGGCUGAAGUGUCCAUUGCUGCCCCCGAACAGCCCUCAGAAUCAUUAGAUGAGGAUGUGGAAAACUGCACAGCAAACAACAGUGAAGUGAAGAAGGUCUUGCCUAUGGCAGAAACUGGCUCUGAGGCUAAACAGCUAAAGAAACAAAUCCUUCGGUAUAACCUGCCCUCUAAGCAAAAGCUCAAGGAAAAGGAAAAGCUGCUGUCCUCAAAAGCCGAGAACAGUACUUUAAAUGUGUUGGGCCCUUCCUCGAAUGAAAACAACACCAAACACAAGGUGCCUUCAGAUGGAGUGCAUCGCAUCAGAGUGGAUUUUAAGGAAGACUACAGCUUAGAAAACAUCUGGGAUUUGGGAGGGUUGAGCAUUCUGACAUCUGUGCCAAUCAUGCCAAGAGUGGUGUGUUUCCUGUGUGCCAGCAGUGGGCAUGUAGAGUUUGUCUACUGUCAGGUUUGCUGUGAACCCUUUCACACGUUUUGUUUGGAGGAGAAUGAGCGCCCACUGGAGGAGCAAAGAGAGAACUGGUGCUGCCGGCGUUGCAAAUUCUGCUAUGUUUGUGCACGCCAGCAGCAGGCGGCAAAGCAACUCCUGGAGUGCACAAAGUGCCGGAACAGUUACCAUCCUGAAUGUCUAGGUCCCAACUACCCAACACGCCCAUCAAAGAAGAAGAAAGUUUGGAUGUGUAUGAAAUGUGUUCGGUGCAAGAGCUGUGGUGCCACAACCCCAGGCAAAGGCUGGGAUGCACAGUGGUCUCAUGAUUUUUCUCUAUGCCACGAGUGUGCCAAACUCUUUGCUAAAGGAAACUUUUGUCCUCUGUGUGACAAGUGCUAUGAUGAUGAUGACUAUGAAAGCAAAAUGAUGCAGUGUGGCAAAUGUGACCGCUGGGUGCAUGCCAAGUGUGAAAAUCUAACAGAUGAAAUGUAUGAAAUGCUUUCUAAUCUGCCUGAAAGCAUCGCCUACAUGUGCAUCAACUGCACUGACCAGCACCCAGCAGAGUGGAGAACAGCCCUGGAGACAGAGCUACAGGGUUCAGUGCGGCGAGUCCUCACUGCAUUGCUGAAUUCUCGCACCACUACGCACUUGUUGCGCUAUCGACAAUCAGUAAAGCCUCCUGAGCUGAACCCAGAAACAGAGGAGACACUGCCAUCCCGCAGCUCGCCUGAGGGUCCGGAUCCCCCAGUGCUUACUGAGGUUCUCCCGCAGUGCGAGUCUCCCCUUGAUCUGGAGGGUGUCAAGAAGAAGAUGGAUCAGGGCCAGUAUGCUUCAGUGCUGGAGUUCAGUGAUGACAUUGUCAAAAUUAUCCAGACUGCAAUAAACUGUGAUGGAGGGCAACUUGAGAACAAAAAGGCCAACAGCAUGGUGAAAUCCUUCUUCUUACGGCAAAUGGAGAGAGUUUUUCCGUGGUUCAAUGUCAGAGAAUCCAGAUUCUGGGAACCAAACAAAGUUUCUUCAAACAGUUGUCUUCACCCAAAUGCGGUACUGCCCCCCUCACUAGACCAUAACUACGCACAGUUGCAGGAACGUGAAGAAGGCAGCAGGCCUGAACUACUCGCUGUCAUGAAAAAAAUCAUCCCAGCUCCCAAAGCCACCGAGUCUCUGUCUCCUCCUUCAGCGACCCAUUCUCCAGUAGAUGGACAUGGUUCUUAUCGGAGUCGUGAGCAGAGUCCAGAGUUAGCCCCACCACCUGGAGUGGAUGAUGACCGGCAGUGUGUGCUGUGUUUGAAGUAUGGUGAUGACAACAGCAAUGAUGGCGGCCGGCUACUCUAUAUUGGCCAGAAUGAGUGGACGCAUGUCAAUUGUGCCCUAUGGUCAGCAGAGGUUUUUGAAGAUGACGAUGGCUCUUUGAAGAAUGUACACAUGGCAGUGGUGCGGGGAAAGCAACUGCGAUGUGAGCACUGCCAGCGUCCUGGUGCCACAGUUGGCUGUUGCCUAACAUCUUGCACCAGUAAUUACCACUUUAUGUGUGCCCGGUUAAAGAACUGUGUCUUCCUGGAGGACAAAAAGGUCUACUGCCAGCGGCAUCGUGAUUUAGUCAAAGGGGAGGUUCUUUCUGACUCUGGGUUUGAGGUUAGUCGGCGAAUUUUAGUUGACUUUGAAGGCAUCAGUUUGAGGAGGAAAUUUCUCAAUGGCUUGGAGCCAGAGAAUAUACGAAUAAUGAUAGGCUCCAUGAAAAUUGAUUGCCUUGGGAUUCUAACCAGCCUCUCGGACUGUGAGCAGAAGCUUUUCCCUGUUGGCUAUCAGUGCUCACGAGUGUACUGGAGUACACAGGAUGCUCGCAAGCGCUGUGUAUACACAUGCAAGAUUGUAGUUUGCUGCCCUCCAGUGGUGGAACCUGACAUUAACAGCACUGUUCAACAUGAGAACAAUAGGACCAUCCGUCACAGCCCAGCAGCCACAGAUAAUCUGCCAGUUGCCUCUGUGCCAACAGCAGCAAACAAGCCAGCCCAUAAAGUGGCAGGUGGGGCUUACUGGAACAGGAAAACAGGUCACUUGCUUCGCUCUCCAGGCUCUAGGCCACUACCAUCAGCAGGAAGCCCCACGCCAGUGAUGCAUGAGAUUGUGACGGUUGGAGACCCCCUGCUCAACUCAAGUCUGAAGAAAAUUGGUUCUAGACGACAUAGCACAUCCUCUCUUAGUCCUUGCCCUGCUAAGACUCAUGUGACUAUUACACCACAGCAGCUAGUGAGCCCUGUAUCACGACCAGCUACUUCCUCUCCUCCAAAAGAGGAAGGUGCUCCUCAAAGCCCUAUCACAGCCCAAAAGAACCAGUUGCGUCUAGCAGGCCAUUUAGAGGGGACAGACAGGACAAGAACUGUAGAGCAAUCCCCUCCUUCAGUGGCCAAAGUUGUAGGCCCAAGGAAUGAAAAAGGUAGGGUGAUGAUGGCUAGUGAGCCUGUCCAAGCAGCACCUCUAAGAGAUGUCAACUCAGAUGAAGCAGAAGAUGGGGGACAUGUGGGUGCAGCUUUCCUGAAUUCUGGCAAGGAGCUCUCUGCUAAUCGAUCAUCAAAUAUGCCAGUCAAAGGGAGCAGGAAAGCAACUGAGAGCAGGCAGCCUGAUGACUCUCCUCCUGCACCGUGCACUCCAGGUUCCCACAACAGCAAAGACAAGCGCAGCAAAUUGAGGGCAUCCAGAGAGACCUUGAAAGAAAAGGAAAGGCCAGCUCAGGCUGGUGCUGCAUCCUCACCAGAUGUCAAACUCGGCAACUUGGAGGGAUGUGUGCCAGAACCACCAGAGCCCAAUCGGAAGCGCACAGUCAAGGUGACCCUGACACCUUUAAAGAUGGAUUCUGAUAGCAGCAAACCCCUACAGUCCUCCUCUUCACUGCCUUGUGCCCUCCCCUUCUCAUCUGACGAACACCAGGAGAGUCACUAUCAAAAAGAUGACCUCUGUCACAGCAACAAGUGCCAGGAGGAUGAUGGCACUGUAUCUGUGAAACGGCGGUAUCCUCGCCGCAGUGCCCGUGCCAGAUCUAAUAUGUUCUUUGGUCUCACACCCUUCUAUGGUGUCCGCUCCUAUGGGGAGGAGGACAUUCCUUUCUUCAACAGUGGGGACAAAAAGAGGAGCAGUGGAGGGGUGAGCAGGCGCUCGGCAGAGGGUCAGGUAGAUGGGGCAGAUGACAUUAGCACCUCAUCCUCGGAUGGAAGUUGUGAAGAGGAGGACGAAGAGUUGCGGGGUGCUCCUUGCAAAGAUGAAGACUCUUUUUAUUACAGCUUCACUCGCACAGUCAUUAAUCCUAGUGGUGCCCGGUUCUUGGAGGAGGAGCUGCUUGAUGACGGAUGUAGAAGACGAGAGCUGGGGCUGCCACAGAUUGGCCAGCUGGAUGGAGUGGACGAUAGCUCUGAGAGUGAUGCUAGCAUCAGCACCACUGGCACUUCCACCUCUGCAAACAAAGUGCCUCCAACCAGUAGUAAGAGGAAGAGCAAAGAGGCCCGUGUGGAAAAGAUGGACCUGGAAGGGAGUGAGCCCAGGGUUAAGGAACCAACCGGCAGUAGUACCAGCAAGAAGGACUGCUUGCCUCUUGGGGGUGUUGAGGCUCAGCUGUCCCUCAAUGCUGAACUGCUGAAGUCAGACUCUGAUAACACCAACAGCGAUGACUGUGGCAACAUUCUUCCCUCUGACAUCAUGGAAUUUGUACUUAACACCCCAUCCUUGCAGACUCUGGGCCAGAGAGCCGAGUCAUCCUCCUCAGAGCUGCUGUCGUUGGAUGAAGGUUUUGGGCUAGAUGGGAACAGAGGAAAAGACAUGGGGCUCUUUGAGGACUUUCCCCAGCCACUGCCCUCUGCUGAGCCUGGGGAGGGUGGAGUUAGUGCCACCAUAGCAGGGGAGGAGCAGUUUGAGCUUCCUCUGGAACUACCCUCUGACCUGUCUGUUUUGACAACCCGUAGCCCAGCUGUAACCAACCAAAACCAUGGUGGCCUAAUGACGGAUGGCCCUGAGCGACCUAUCCUGGCUUUGGCUACUGACGAUUCCGUAGAUAAGAACUCUGACAAGCAGCCUGUUUCAGCCCCCAGCGAGCUCCAGCAGGGUGGAGAGAGCCAGGCCUCAGAUGGGCAUAUGACCCCAGAACACUUCAUCCAAGGCCAAGGAACAACUGAGCACAUGGGCAGCCCGGCUUGCGGACAAGUGGGAGAACCAGUCACUCAGGAUUUAGCCAGGAGUUCAGGAACCCCUGGGCUGCAGGUCCCUACCUCUCCAACCGUUCAGAAGUACUUGACAUGCCCUACAGAAAAUGUAGGAACAGCCCAGGUAGCUAGCACAGCAGUUCAGACCUCAGCCACACACCUCAAACCUGGCACUGAAAAGUUGAUUGUUGUGAACCAGCAUAUGCAGCCGCUCUACGUCCUACAGACCCUUCCCAACGGUGUCACUCAACAGAUACAGUUGGCACCACCAAUGGAUGCAAUGGCCUUUGCAGCCGGCCUGAGUCCUGGAAUGGCUGCUUCACCACUGUUACCACUUACCCACCACUCUCAACUUCACUCUUUUGCUGGAGGAGCCCAGACCACCUUCCAACCUGGCCUUCCGAGCUCGGCGCCUGGUCUUCUAAUUGGGGAUACAUCUAUUUUGGUGUCUGAUUCCAGUCAGCGCGCAGACCUUGCUGCUAAUACAUCUGCUGUAUUGCCACCUACCACUGGCAGCUCUCCACCAGUAACCAGUGCCAGCCACGGUAAGAAGCGUCCUAUUUCACGACUGCAGCCGCGCAAGGUAAAGAAACCGGCACGCUCUGCAGCCUCGACUGCAGUAACCUCUACAGAAGUUAUGCCAAACAUGACGGUUAUUAAUUUUUCCUCACCAAUGUCUGCCAGUGUGCCCAAUCCAGCUGCAGGCCACCGAACAGUGCCCAACAUUAUCAAACGGCCCAAGUCAGGUCUUAUGUAUUUUGAGUCUGUGUCAUCCCUGGGAGCACCACCUGCUGUCCUUGGCCAGGACUCCUCAUCGCACCUUGUGACGCCUGGCCAGUCAAUGCUUAAUGUGGUUCCUAUGCCUCCUGCUGUGACACAAAAUCCAGGACCCUUGGGCUCCACUGAGCUGAGUAGCUCUAUAGGCAACAUACUCUUAAAAGCUAGCCAGCAGAAUUUGGGAAUUUCCGAACAAGUUGCGCUGCAGCCCAGCACCAGCAACUUCUCCCCUCUUGGCAGCUCAGCAACAGCAGAUAGCGACAGUGGUUGUGUCCUUCCUUCUUCAGCAGAGCAAGAUGGCCAGUACCAACUGCAGUGCCAGCAGUUAAGUCCACUCCUGGAUAGUGUCUGCCCCCUUCUGCCAAGUAGCCUGCCACAGGAGAAUACCCAAACUUGCAUGCAAAUCUCUGCUCCAGCUGCUAGCACCUUGGUUUCUCUAAACCAACCACAGAGCUCUGAAGCUCUAGCCGCUACCAAAGGAAAGCCCAAAUCCAAACGUAUUCAGCCCAUUCCGGAUAAAGGCAGCAGCAAGAAGCUCAAGUCAUGCCACACCAAGGACAGAACUGCCAAAGCAGACCAUGAGAGUGACAUCAAGGCAGGGACCAGCAGCAGCCAACCAGUUCCCAACAUGAAAAAUUCCACAGAGAAGAGUGAUCCUCUGCAAAAGGGCGAGCCAAAAUUAAACACCCAAAAUCUUCUGAAGGAACCUGAGACCACAGAAAAUGCGAAAGGAAAGCAAGGGAAGAUCCAGGAGUUGGGGGCCCGUGCAGAUCAUGAGGCUUCUCCCUCCAAACAGCAGCAUCAUCACAAGGUAAUAAAAGGUCUCAUGUUUGAGAUCUGCAGUGAUGAUGGUGGCUUCAAGGUCUGCUCAGAGAGCAUUGAGGAUGCAUGGAAAUCCCUGACUGACAAGGUCCAAGAAGCAAGAUCCAAUGCCCGCCUUCGGCAGCUCUCCUUUGAUGGUGUCAGUGGCCUCCGCAUGCUGGGUGUUAUCCAUGAUGCCGUCCUCUUUCUGAUUGAGCAGCUGUAUGGCACUAAACACUGUAGGAAAUACAAGUUUCGCUUCCAUAAGCCUCAAGAGUCUGACGAGCCACCCCUAAACCCACAUGGUGCAGCCAGAGCUGAAGUAAACCAGAGGCGAUCCAUGUUUGACAUGUUUAAUUUUCUCACAUCCCGACACCGGCAUCCACCUGAGUACAGUCCAAAUGAUGAAGAGGAAGAGGAAGUACAACUAAAGUCUGCACGGAGAGCCACAAGCUUGGAUUUGCCCAUGCCCAUGCGCUUUAGACACUUGAAGAAAACAUCCAAGGAGGCUGUGGGAGUUUACAGGUCAGCCAUCCAUGGUAGAGGUCUCUUUUGCAAAAGGAACAUCGACGCAGGAGAAAUGGUGAUUGAAUAUUCUGGAAAUGUGAUUCGCUCUUCCUUGACUGACAAGAGGGAGAAGUACUACGACAGCAAGGGGAUUGGCUGCUAUAUGUUCCGCAUUGAUGACUAUGAGGUAGUGGAUGCCACGAUGCAUGGCAAUGCGGCUCGCUUCAUUAACCACUCCUGCGAGCCCAACUGCUAUUCUCGAGUCAUCCACGUGGAUGGGCAGAAGCACAUAGUUAUCUUCGCAAUGCGCAAGAUCUACCAAGGCGAGGAGCUCACCUAUGACUACAAGUUCCCCAUCGAAGAUGCCAGUAACAAGCUGCCCUGCAACUGUGGAGCCAAGAAGUGCCGUCGCUUCCUCAACUGAAGUGUGCUACGCUGGCGCCCAUUUCUCUAUCAUCACUGGUAUUUUUAACUGGUAAUAUUCCAUGAAUUUGUGUGAACUUCUGGUACUGGGACCUGGCUACCAGUGCUAGCCAGACAGCCUGACCUCGCUGUAGAGCACGAGACCUUUUGACUUCUCUGACCCAGGAGGAGAAAGAAACCGUUAGGUAGAUGUGUGGACCCGGCUCUGUUUCGCCCUGCCCCACUUUCUAAGAGGCCGCAGUGGGAAAAGGGUAUCCUGAAGCUCUGCUCCCGCACGUCGCUCCUUCCAUACUAGUUCUGCUUUGCGUUUCAUGCUUGUGUUUUUAAUAGAAGAUGUAAAUAUGUAUAUUUUUGUAUGAGACAGAAAGCACUUAAUUGUGGAAAGCACUUAUGAGAACUUUAUUUUUUUAACAAGUGAGUUGUAUUUAUUUUGAGUAAUUUUUUUAAUUUUAUUUUAUUACCCUUUUUCUUUUAGAGAGAACAUGUUUACGUAGCGGGCAGUUUUAGUCUGACACUUUUUUUGUUUUGUUUUUUUUUUUUUUUCUUUCUCUUGCGUUUGAAUGAACUUUAACCCCGCUUUUUCCCCCAGUUUGAAUUUGUCUCUUAGAAACUUGGCCGCAGAGCAGCCUUGUUUUUGGAGCUUUCUAAGCCUUCCCAGGUGGAUCGUCAACGGGUUAUACGGGGAAGGGGGUGAGUCCACCUGGGCAAGGUCAUCUUUAGGUGAAUGUAUAUUGGACCCUGGCAUCCUAGUAGGGUGCUGGGUACCACUGCCCUCCCAAAUUUGGGCACACUGACUUACAAGGGCUUCUUGUUUGACUUUUCCUGUUUUGUUCACUUUGAAAGCAAUAGCAUGGUAGGUGACUGUGCGAACGGGCUGUGUAAGACCAGAUCUCACUUCACACUCCUUGACAAUGGAGAUGCCGUCUCCGUACAUGCCGUAUGUGCGGCGUUCGAUUCUCCUUGGCCGCCGUAGACUUUGUGUUCCUGCUGCUUCUGCUGCUUUUUCCAGUAUCUCACUUCUUGCGUCUUGUGUGCAGCCAGUUCUAUUGCCGUACCAAUUAGACACCUACAUACACAUGUCCCCCCCCGUGUGUAUACCUGUGCAUACAUAUAUAUAUACAUGUGUCAGUGUAUUUGGGGGUAUUCUGUCUGCCAAAUUUGAUACCUGUAACAAUAAAUGUUUAUUUUCUUUA